AUGAUGUAUGAAAAAGAAUAUAUUAUGCCCUUUCUUAAAUUCGACGCGAUGAUAGUAAAAUUAAUCUAUAAUUUCUAUUUAUGCGAUUCUAUUUAUAUUAUUCCUUGUAUGCAGUUUCACAAAAUUCUUAGAACAUUUUCAACAUGAGAGCAUUUCACUUCACCUGAAUCUAGCUAUGAUCUGUAAUCUGUAGUCACGCAUGUAGCGGACGUACUCUCGUAUAAUCACGUUACAUGUACUUGUGUUUAUAAAUAUAUAUACAUACUUGGAGAACACUGAAACGAAUUCUGACUAACAGCAACUUCGUGUUAGAUCAAAAUCAUUUUAAAUAACAUCUGGGAAAUAGUACACGUUUUCUAGAAUGGUAAGAAACAUGAAUGAAUUUAUAAAUUAUUACUACACAAAGGUUAUGUUGUUUAUGAUAUGCGAUCGUUGCAAAGCCGAAUUUGAAAUUUCUUUCAGUAUUCGUUGCUUAAUAAGACCGAAAACGCUCACGAAGAUAGCAUUUGGACCUGUGCCUGGGGCUGUUUGAAGAAGAAGAGAGAAUUGCAACCGGAUAAUGAAGAUUCACGUGAGUCGAUACAGUUUAACGAGGAUGAAACAAUGGAAUAUUUGGUAACAGGCUCGGUCGACGAUACUGUUAAAGUUUGGGAACAAAAGGAUAAAAGUUUACAAUUAAAAUAUAAAUUAACUGGACAUUCGCUUGGCGUAGUAUCAGUUGCUGUAAAUUCAGAUGGCUCCAAAUGCGCGUCAAGCUCAUUAGAUUCCAGCUUAAAAUUAUGGGAUUUGGAAACUGGAGAGAAAAUGUCAAGCAUUGAAGUAGGCCCUAUAGACAUCUGGACGGUAGUAUUUUCUCCAGAUGAUAAGUUCAUUGUAUCUGGUAGUCAUUCUGGUAAAAUACAUUUGUACGGAACGGAAAGUGGUAAACAGGAACAAACUUUGGAUACUGGAGGGAAAUUUAUAUUGAGCAUUGCCUAUGAAAGAUCCUAAUGUAGCAGGAACUAUGUCAGGUCAUGCUUCAUGGGUACUUGGCGUUGCUUUUUCUCCAAAUGGUCAACAAUUUGCAUCUAGUAGUUCGGAUCAUACAGUUAAAGUGUGGGAACUAGCUCAAAGACAAUGUUUACAUACAUUUAACGAACAUAACGAUCAGGUAUGGGCUGUAAAGUACAAUCCACAAAGGAAUAACAUAAUUGCAUCAGUAUCUGAAGACAAAUCCAUCAAUCUUUAUGAAUGUCCAUUGUAUGAUAAAUAA